CGGACAAGGAAACAAGGGACUUGUUGGACAAGAAAUUAAUUACAUUUUGACUAAGUAAUUAAUAUCCUCAACACUCCCCCUCAAGCGAAGACAUGAAUGACAAGAAUGUCGAGCUUGAAGCUGAACAACACUCAAACAACCUCUUGCUGGCAAUGACGAUCCAACAGGCGGUGACUUUGUUCACUUGUGGGAGAGGUAGACAAAUGACGAAACUACUCCAUGCUUGACCCAGUUCUUUGACAGUGAACUCAGCAUUGGCAAAACUCCUUGACGUCGUGGAUGAGACUGAUCCUACUCCAUGCUUGACCCAGUUCUUUGACAAUGAACUCAGCAUGGCGGAAUUCCUUGAUGUCUUGGAUGAGACUGAUGACUGCGUUGCUGACUUUGGAGACUUCUAAAUGCACUGCUGACCGUGCUUCUCCGAGCAACGUGACUGAGUUGGUACAUCGCGGUCGACUUGAUGACUGAGCUAGUCGACCGACGUAUGUUGACUCCCUAUUCUCCCCCUCAAGCUGGAGCAUGAACAAUGUGAAUGCCCAGCUUGAAAGUUAGAACAAUGAUGACUCAACAUUGACCGAUGCUGAACGUGGAGGGAACGAUCGCUUCUUUGAUCGUGACUACCUCGCGGGAUGACUUGAAAAAUUUGUUGACAGAAGCUGCUCUAUCUCCCCAACACUAGCUAUUGAAGGGACGACCAAGACAUGUCGACUUCAACGCCAUGACUUUGAUGUUGGUAAGAUUGACUUACUGUCGGACUAUGAAGAUGACUCGUCUGUAACGUCGGAACAAACUCCAAACGGUGGCUGCCUUUGACUGAACAAUGCUCGAUGAUGAUGGAAAAGAGUAAGUACAGGACUGAUGACAACUGGCCAACUGAAAAACCACUUUAAUUUCCUCCACUGCCAACACAACUACACAAGGCCGGAAAGUAUGAUAAGUAAGCUACCAUAAGGGCUCAUUUUAGUGAGGCCCAACCUGGUGAAGCCCAUUCGUGGGUAAGACGUAAGAGAUGAAGGCCCGAAAGGAGGGAACCCUUCUCCUACUCUUUUACGAAACAGACAACAGAGAAGGUACUUUGAUGGCCGACACGGUUGCGGCGAACUAUGGGCAACGACAAGGGCCGCGCGGACGAGAUCGACGAUGGCGAUGGUCGGCGGCCUGGAUCUUGAGACGGUGGAGAGAGCAGAGAAACUGGCGAUUUGCGACGAUGAUGACGACGACUGUGAGGAGAUCUGAUGAUGACGAUGGCGCCCGAGAUCUAGAUCGAGGACCGACAGCAGAACUGGAAUACGAAGGCAGAGACGGCACUUCGGAACGACCCGACAAUGACAACAUCGCCUGUGACUGGUCGGAGAUGAUGACUUUGUCGCUCCGAGCUUACCAGUGGCCAUGACUGUACGAUGGUGAUGGCAUAAAGGACUUCGCCAUGGCUCGUUCGGAUGGUGACUUGGGACGACACCAUGAUGACUUUCAGGAACUCUGAAUCAGACAUCUGAGGGAUGGUUAUCGAGCUUGACUCUUCUUCGGACAUGAUGAAGCAGCUCAAGAUAUAUCUCAGCAUCAUAGACAAUGACUUGAAUCCCAUAAUCAAAACCUUAAUCGCAGGUGUUGACCAUGAUGAACUGAACUUCGGAGGCGGGACAAGGACAACGCCAACGAAAAGAUGAACCACAAAUCCACAAUCAAGAAGCAGAGAGAUAAACGGAUGCGGCACCUUGACGUAUUUCUAUGCAGACAGCGCAAAACAGAAAACUCAUGGUCAGCUGCUACUGGCUCUCGCUUGUUGUUGGAUGAACGAAGGAACGAAACGGAUGCUGGUCUCAUGACGUCGAAUGCCACCAGCAACUUCUUUUUGAUUGUUGCAAGAGGUGGAGUCUUCGCACACCGUGAAUGAUUGGUGAAGACGGGGAGACAAAAGACAAAGACUAGCGGAAGCUCAGAACCCUAACAAAAGAUCGAGUUUCGCUCUGAUACCAUGCCAUAAACCAGUUGGUCCCAAUAACUCGAGUUGUUGGGAGAAGGUUAUGCUGGAUCUUAUACAGGUCCGUGUGUGGUGCUUAACCACUUCCUUACACGCCCCCUCAAACGAAAGCCGACUCAUGGGCUUGAAGUUUGCACAGGCCCGCCAUACCAUGUGCUUGAAAGACAACGGUUAAUAUUGGGGGUGGGAGAAGGUUGUGCUGGAUCUUAUACAGGUCCGUGUGUGGUGCUUAACCACUUCCUUACACGCCCCCUCAAACGAAAGCCGACUCAUGGGCUUGAAGUUUGCACAGGCCCGCCAUACCAUGUGCUUGAAAGACAACGGUUAAUAUUGGGGGUCGUGAGGACUUGAACACGUGACCUCACGGACAAAUCAGCUCUGAUACCAUGUCAAGAACCAGUUGGUCCCAAUAACUCGAGUUGUUGAGAGAAGGUUAUGCUGGAUCUUAUACAGGUCCGUGUGUGGUGCUUAACCACUUCCUUACAUAUAAUGUCCGAAAGAUCAGCCAAUUCAAGUUCUGGAUAACGUUUUCUUACUCAAGGUAUGCGGUACCCCGGAUUUCACCCUGGGUAGAACUCCCCACUUAUUAGAAAAUUAAGAUAUUUCGCCAUAUUUUUCUGUCAUGGUCUCCCUAAUCUAAUGCAUUCUUAGACUUAAAGUUUAGACAUAGAUUUAAUAUAGUUAUGAUUCAUAUAAUCUUUUUCUUGUGUACAAUUUUAAUAGAAUAACAGAUUAUGG